UUUCUUUAAGCCCUAUUUUACUGACAGGAUUUAUUACUACUUUAGCUACUUUAGCGGCUUGGCCAAUUACCCGGGAUUCCCGAUUAUUUCAUUUUCUGAUGUUAGCAAUGUAUAGUGGUCAAAUAGGAUUAUUUUCUUCUCAAGAUCUUUUGCUUUUUUUUUAUCAUGUGGGAGUUCGAAUUAAUUCCUGUUUAUCUACUUCUAUCCAUGUGGGGGGAAAGAAACGUCUGUAUUCAGCUACAAAGUUUAUUUUGUAUACUGCCGGAGGUUCCGUUUUUUUGUUAAUGGGAGCCUUGGGUAUCGCUUUAUAUAGCUCCAAUGAACCAAGAUUCCAUUUUGAAACAUCAGCCAAUCAAUCCUAUACCAUAGCACUAGAAAUAUUUUUUUAUAUUGGAUUUCUUAUUGCUUUUGCUGUCAAAUCGCCGAUUAUACCCUUACAUAUAUGGCUACCAGACACCCAUAGGGAAGCACAUUACAGUACUUGUAUGCUUCUAGCCGGAAUCUUAUUAAAAAUGGGGGCGUAUGUGUUGGUUCGAAUCAAUAUGGAAUUAUUACCUCAUGCUCAUUCUAUCUUUUCUCCCUGGUUGAUAAUAGUGGGCGUGACACAAAUAAUUUAUGCAGCUUCAACAUCUCUAGGUCAACGAAAUUUAAAAAAAAGAAUAGCCUAUUCUUCUGUAUCUCAUAUGGGUUUCAUAAUUAUAGGAAUUUGCUCUAUAAGUGAUAUGGGACUUAAUGGAGCCAUUUUACAAAUAAUAUCACAUGGGUUUAUUGGUGCUACGCUUUUUUUCUUAGCAGGAACGAGUUAUGAUAGAAUACGUCGUGUGUAUCUUGACGAAAUGGGCGGAAUGGCUCCCUUAAUGCCAAAAAUAUUCACGACAUUUAGUAUCUUAUCGCUAGCUUCUCUUGCAUUACCGGGCAUGAGCGGUUUUUUUGCGGAAUUGGCAGUAUUUUUUGGAAUAAUUACUGGUCAAAAAUAUCCUUUAAUAUCAAAAAUCAUAAUUACUUUUGGAAUGGCAGUUGGAAUGAUAUUAACUCCUAUUUAUUUAUUAUCUAUGUUACGCCAGAUGUUUUAUGGAUACAAGCUGUUUAAUGCUCCAAACUCUUAUUUUUUUGAUUCUGGACCCAGGGAGUUAUUUGUUUCGAUCUCCAUCCUUCUUCCUGUAAUAGGUAUUGGCAUUUAUCCGGAUUUCCUUUUCUCAUUAUCAGUUGACAGGGUCGAAGCUCUUUUUUCUAAUUAUUUUUAUAGAUAGUUUUUCUAAAAAAAAAAACUCAAAAAAAUCCCAGGAUUUAAAAAAAUUUAAAAUCGUUAAGGAAAAAAACUUCUUUCUCUUUUUUCGUCUCUUAAAUUAAAGUAAAAAAA